UGCGGCGAUCAGACGUCUGAUUAGAAAGGAACACCAGGUAUCACGAUAAUACAAGAUGUAUCCCCAACUGGAAACGGAGGCAGAGGCGAUCGAAAACGCCACUGCCCGGGCACUCCUACCGGGUGCAGUCAGUAAGCCUGCGAGUGAGGCUGGAAAAGCUCCGGCCACCAGCAAAUGGAAACGCCGCCUCCAUCGCCAUGUUCCUAUUUUCCAAUGGCUUCCAUUCUACACCACGGAAUGGGGAAUCGAUGAUUUCAUAGCCGGAAUCACACUAGGACUAACGAUUAUCCCGGAGAGUAUGGCCUGUGCCCUGUUGGCGGGUCUUCCGGCUCGAUACGGUCUCUGUUCUGCCUUCAUCGGCCCCUUGAUAUAUAUGAUCUUUGGCUCCAUCGACAAGGUCAUUAUAGGACCCACCAGCCUGGUGGCUCUGGUCAGUGUGCAAUUCACCGUGGGACGACCCAUCGAGUUUGCCUUCCUGCUCACCUUCCUCAGCGGAAUAGUGCAGAUCAUUAUGGGGAUACUGCAGUUGGGAUUUAUCUUUGAGUUCAUUUCGAUGCCCGUGAUCAAAGCCUUUUCCUCGGCCACUGCUAUUCUGGUGAUUGAAUCUCAACUCAAGGUCCUUCUGGGAAUAAAGUACUUAGUCGCGGGUCUCAUGAACUCCGUGGGAAUGCUGAGCUCCCGAAUCGAUGAGGCCAAUAUGGCUGAUCUCACUGUUGGAGUUUGUGCCAUUGUUUUCCUACUUUUGCUAGAGUUACUCGAUCGUGUGGCUCACAACGAAAAGAAAAACAAAGUCCUGAGAAUAUGUUGUCGCUAUCUGUCUACCUCGAGGAAUACUUUGAUUGUUGUUAUCGCCGCCAUUGUGUCCUUUAUUUGGAUACGAAAUACUGGCCACGUUCCCUAUGCUCUCAGCAAAAAUGCCUUGUCCACUUUGCCAAAUUUUACUGUGCCCAGCUUGGAUAUUGUAACUCCAGAGAAGACUUAUAGUUUUUGGGAAGUGUUGCGAGAACUGAACUUGGGAAUCAUAGUUAUCCCUAUUGUGGGGAUAUUGACGAACAUUUCUAUUGGAAAACUGACCCCCAAAGGACUAGUGGAUACAAAUCAAGAGCUCCUCACAGUCGGCCUUUGCAACAUGUUUGGAUCCUGCGUACAGGCCAUGCCUUCUUCAGGAGCAUUUACUCGAUAUGCCAUUAGCACAGCCUGCGGUCUCAGGACUCCCAUGGCCAACAUGUAUUUGGGAAUCAUUGUGCUGCUGGCCCUGAGCUAUCUCAGUCCGUACUUCAACUACAUUCCGGAAGCCACGUUGGCAGCCAUUCUGAUAUGUUCGAUUUUCACGCUGCUGGACUUCCGGCUUCCCCUGAGAUUGUGGCGCGACUCGAAGCGGGACUUUGCCACCUGGCUGCUGUGCUUCUGUGUCUGUGUCCUGUUCGGCGUCGAGGUGGGUCUGUUUGUGAGUAUUGUGGUGACUGCCCUGCACCUGCUCUACCUGUGGGCACGUCCCGAGAUCAAAGUGAAGAUCGAGCAGCUGGACGAGAUGCAGUACAUCCGAGUCACUCCGGGCAACGGACUCUACUUCCCUGCCAUUAACUAUUUGCGGGAGAAAGUACUGAAGGCCUGUACUCAGGCGGAAUUUAAAAUCACGGUGGUGAUAGACGGUCAACGGAUUACCGGACUUGAUUAUACGGCGGCCCAGGGUAUAUCGAAGCUAUCGAGCGAUCUGUGCCGUCAGGCGGAUGCAGCCAGUUCGACUUUGCUGAUCCUCUACAGGAUUCCCGAGCACCUGCAGCGACUAAUCGACCACACGGAUAACCUGGUCUUUUGCGAAUCGGAGAAUAAGGUGAAGGAGUUCCUCACCCAGGAGUCCCUUAGAAAUGGUUACAUCAACCUGCAAGAGCACAUCCGGGCCUCCAUCGAUUUGGGCUAUAAAAUCGACAUCGAUUAGGAACGGAUUUCCUUAAAACCACUCCGCUCCUCCGCUCCGUGCCUCCUAGCCUAGUUAGCCGUUUGUGUUAUUUAUUUAAGUUUAGUUUCGAGAAAUUGUCGUCGCUGGAUGGAAAUGGAAAUAAAAGUGAAGAAGGAAAAGUGGAACAAAUGCCUUGAUGGCAGCAAUUUAUAAAGUGCCCCUCACCGAACUGACCUCUGGUCCUGAAACGGAGGGGUGCGAAGGAGAUACAGAGAGGAGGAGAGCUGGAUAUAUGCGGUGCCGCUGGCGACGCCGUCAAUGAUUGCCAAGCUAAUGGAUUUCUGUUUACUUUUUCACUUAGAGCAGGAGCUGGAGCAGGAGCAGGAGCUGGAGCUGGAGCAGGAGCAGCUGGAGCACAAGAAAAAAACAACGUUUUGAAAAAUAGCGUAAAAGAAAUUAGAGGAAAAGCGAAAGCGCACAGCUAACUUUUCUAACCACUCACACACAGUCACACACAGAGAACACCCACAAGGUGAGCAAGGAGCUUGGGAAAAAUGGACCAAGGAAACUCAGCUGAAAAGAAACUGCAAGAAAUUAAACUAAAAUCCUAGCGUUAAGUGGAUCAAACGCAGUAAAAACAAACCAUUUCCAAAUCA